AUGAAGUUCUCAAGCGCUAUGUCGGCCGGCCUUCUCGUGGCCGGCACCGCCUUUGCUUCUCCUACGCCCUCGCCCGCGUCCACUCAAAAGACCGCAGCUCAGCAGAUCCUAGAAAUCGCGCCUGGGUCUGCCAGUUGCGCGUCAACGGAUGAGUGCCGCACCAACGUCCAGGUCGCGCCCUUGCUUAUCGACGCCUUCAACAAGACCGGACUCUACCACUUGGGCCAAUUCGCUGCCGUCCUCGCGCUCACUGCCUUCGAGUCGGGAGACUACAAGUACAAGCGCAACCUCCAGCACAACGACCCGGGUCAAAAGGCCCACUGGGGACAGGGUACUUCGAACCUGCAGACGCUCACCUACAACGUCAAGUUCGCCAACUCCUUCCCCGAGCUGAAAGAUAAGGUCACUGCCAUCGGCUCGACAGACACCAUGGCUGGCGCCAACAAACUGCUGGAUUUGCUGGUGGACGACCAGUACAACUUCCAGAGCGGCCCUUGGUUCAUGAAGACCCAAUGCCCCGAUGCCAUGAAGGCCCUCGAGACGCCCAGCGAUGCUGCAUGGACAACCUACAUGACGUGCGUCCUCGGCUCUGGCGAUGUCCCUCAAGCGCGAACGGACUACUGGACAGCGGCCAAGAAGUCCUUUAACCUUUGA